CCUGUUGGAGAUAUGAAAUGAUCAGCUGCUGGCAGAAGGACAUUUGACUUUCAGAUAGAGAGGAGCUUGUUAGGUGGAUAUACUGUACAGGAGGUGGCUCAGAUAGGAGUGGGCAUGUGGUUGAACACAGAUUCUCCCCGGAGGUCAUCCAGCAUCCCCAUUAACAUUAACCUGCACGGUGCUCGCAGGCGGCAGACACGACACGGGGAAUUCUUCCACACUAUGGUGGCUCAGGACCGCGAUCGGAGCCGAGGAGCUGACGGGCACGGAGGGCAGGGGGUUCGGACCCAGGUGCCAGGUGCAAGCGUCGGGGAGGACCGCGCCAUCCUGCUGGGCUGCACCAUGAUGGCCUUCUCUGUGCUCAUGUUCUUUGUAGUCGGCAUCACAGUGAUCAAACCCUUUGUUAACAGUGGCUGGGAUGAUGGUAAUGCCAGCUGCGUGCUGCAGAAGAGUGAGAUACUGGAGGAGUGGGUGGACUGCAGAGGUGUGAGCACAGUGCCGUGCCUCAAGGCGACGGUGACGGUUUACUUCAAUGGCUCCACCGAGGAGGCCGUGCUCCACUUAAACGAGGAUUCUGUUCUCCUCGUGACCGAGUGUUUCUACAUGCCCAAAUGCCAAAUGGACAGAAAAGCACUUCAGGAUCAAGUCCAGAAAGUGAACAGCAGCCUGGACAGUCUGCUCGGGAACAACACCGCAUGUUUAACUGAUCAGACGAGGUACCCCAACCACGCCAUCUUACACAGGAAGUACACUUUGCAGAUGGUCCUAUUUGCACUGCUGUGGCCCUGUAUACUGCUGGGCGGUGGAGCUCUGCUGGUGGGCCUUGUGAAACUGACUCAGUGUCUAGCCCAUCUGUCCACAGAGGUGAUCAGUGAAGCUGCAGGGGGCCGGCUGACUUCAAGAUACACUCAGGGCAAACUGUACAGGCUGCUCCGUAGGUCCAGCGCACAGUCUCCCUCAUGACAUGUCCAGAGCUUAAGCUGUAAUAAGCCAAAAAAUGCCAUUUUUGUAAGCCUUUUAACUGGUACAUAAUGUUAUCUAGUGUUGAUUUGUAAAAGGUUAGUCAAAGUAAAAUGUUGGUCUGAAGUGUGAGAAUUGAAAAUCUAUACAGUUUUCGCCUCCUUCUUAUUAAAAAGUGCCUUCCUCUGUUAUUAAAUAGACACUGAUGUCCAAAUGAUGGCAGAAAGAAGCAAAGUCUGCCUGAACAGCCACACAAUUCAUGAUGUUUCACACUCAGUCAGCACCAAUUAGUACCUCUCAUGUUUAAUUAGGCAUAUAUUCAAUAUUUGUUAAGUGUCGAGCAGGUAGCGCUCCAACUUGCUCGGGACGGGGAUCACUUACAGGAGAGAAGCAUUCCAAUGCUCUCCUGGUAAUCCAAACACUGAUUUACCCAGCCUGGGCUCUGGGUCGCCGACUGAUGCUUUUUAAUGUUUUCCAGAUAGCAAGCUGGCUAAUAAGUCAGUUUAUGAGGGAUGAUUAUUAGCACCCUGAGAGAAGUGAGGAAAUUCAUGACAGAUUGAUGUGAUGUGUCACAGUUGGAUGAGAGUUUCUAUUGGUCCAAUGAUAAUAUGCGAGGGAGUACUGGACACAAUAUGUUUAGAAUAAUAACAGACUCUGCUUGAAUGUCUUUGCAUGAUUCAUGGUUAAAAAUAAUUUUCAUCUUGGAGUUUUGUGUAAAACUCUCAAUCCACUUCCCAUGUCCUUAUAUUUCACUUCAAAGGAUCCAGACUCUCUUGUUAUUUUUAAAGUGCUUUUGAGCGAUAGAUCUACAGGUUUUUGGAAGGUUUUUCACAGUAUCCUUUUUGGACACUUAUUGUUCUUCAUUCAUUUUCAGUGCAAUCCUUGAAUAACUGAACAUGUCCAGAGGAUUCUUUUCUUUGUUUGGUAUUUGUUUUUAAGCCACUUAACACUGAGCUAUGAAUCAUUCAAGCAUAAAAAAGCAACUAACCCAACGGAUGAACCAGUGUUGUCUACAUGCAACAGACAACUUGACAAAGACAAUUUUAAAUUGUAUCUUUAGGCACUUUGUUAACUUGUACCCAUUUGCUUAGAUGAAAAAUUCUAUGAAAGAUGUAUAAAAUGACAGAGAUAAACAUCAAGUAGUAUUUUUACACCAACAAGGUGAUUCCCAAAGCGCCAGUAGCAGAAAACAUGACCUAACUCAGCAUGGUGUGCAGUGUGCCCUUAAAAAACCAUCUAUAGCAGAUGAACCGUAUCUGAAAGUCAUGUCUGUAAGAGAUAAUAUCCAGAAAAGAUCUGACACAGGACCUGAGAGAUACAUGUGGCACUACUGUUCACUGAAGCCUAAUAAGAAAUGACCUAAGUGGAAGGGUGGGUGUUAAGAUGCCUCUGUUAAUGAAAGGACUGGACUUAAAAUCAGUUGCAAUGGAAAUUUUUUGUUAAAAUCAUUGUCAGUAUGUAUGGAGGAGUUGAGGAGAGAGUGGGUGUCUGCAGCCUUCUGUAAAACACGGUGGAGGCUGUGUCAUGGUUUGGGGCAGCAUUUCAGCCACUGGUGUUGGUGAUAUCAACAAAAUUUGUAGAACAGAUCAGCAUGAUUGAUCCCAAACACACUGCCAAUGCAUAGAAAAAUGCAUAAUGUAACACUAUUGCUCCCUAGAUCCCAGACCUCAGCAUUACUGAAGCAGUGUGGGAUCAUCUUAACAGAGGACAAAAAUCAGUCAACAUCCAAAGAUACGCUUUGAAUGUCCUUCAAGAAGCCUGGAGAACUAUUCCUGAAGACUACUUAAAAAAAUGACUGUUAUGAACGUUAGAUAAUGUAAAUGGGACUCAUGUCACAAGUGUGCCAUAUUGCACAGACCCUUUUAAUAAGUUUUUUUUUGUAUUUUUCUAUGAAAACCUUUAUAAUACUUCUCUUCAUAGCUUUGGCUCACUGUGUAAAUAUUAUUUUGGGGUUUUAUUUUGUAAGCAUGGCAAUGGAAAAGUGGCUUGUAAAUUACCUAAAUGUUUAAACAAGUAAAAUAAACUGCCAGACCUAUU